CCAUUUGAUGUCCAUUUCCUUCCCUCGAGUCGCCGGCGGGCGUGGAGGCGGCGGCGGCGGCGAUGCUGCGGUCGGCGCUACGGCGGGGAGGGGCGGCCGCGCGGCAGGUCGCGUGGGAGGGGGGAGGCUCGCCUAGGGACCUCCUCCGGCAGCGAGUGGCGGAGCGGGAGCGCGCGAGGCGGCGACGGCGCGACCCGGGGCGCGACGAGUUCUUCGUGCCGACGCCGGAGUCGCUGGCGUGGCUCGACUCGGUCUCCCUCCCCAUGGUGCUCACCGCAGCAGCCGUCGCCCUCUUCACCAAGCUCCUCAUGAUGGAACAUGAAGCUACAGAUCAAGAAAGGAGAGAGCGCAAGAUAAAUAAUAGCCACCCUGAUCAAGGAAAAGUAAGGAUGCUGAGUCGUGAAGAAUGGGAAGAGGUCCAAGAAGUCAGGCCAAGGACGCCUUUUGAAUCAAAAUUAGCUCGUCCACAUGCCCGUAUAAGAACUGGGGAACCAAUGCGACUGGAGGAUGUCAAGGAUUGGGCUACCGAUGUAAUAACAGAUGCUUUUACCAGAGUAGAAGAAAGUACCAAGCAAAAAUGAUUCAGAAAACAGUCAGUUCAUAUGAUGUCAAAGGUUCACGGGGUUUUUCAAAAAAUCACUUACUGUAAAUGAUAACCUUUCUCAUGCAUUAUUGUAGCCAUGUUGACAUGUUGUAGAAUAAUAUUUUCUGCACUACAGAAAACUACAUGAAUAUGGAUCUGAACCAAUUGUCCUUGAGCUGUUCGUGAAUCGUGACUUCUCUAUUGGCCUGAAGCCUGAACAACAUUGAUUACAA